AAUCUUCCACACGAAGUUGAAAUGCUGCGAAAGCUGUUUCCUGGCGGAAAAUCCCAUUUCCUGACCACUCUGAGGCGGUCAUUCAUCGCCACAGUGUCCGUUGGACAGCAGAGAUGUUACAGCACCAGUUUGAGCAGUGAUUCCACUGACAUCUGGUCAAAGGAGGCGUUUGUGAAGUACCUGGAAGAGAUCCGGAAGGAGUUCUCCGAGAGUCAGCACAAGGGAAGGCGAUGGCACCAGCUCUCAGAGAUGUGCGAGGUGAUAGACCGCAGGGAGAGGAUCGUGGAGAAUAUUGCCACAUUGAGGAAAAUCGCACAGGAGGAGAAAGACAAGGAGUUCCGGGAAUUGGCCGCUGAAGAGGAGAUUGAACUCAAGAACACUCUGAGUGAGAUUCACGAGGAACUCCUGCAGGCGCUAGUGAAUGAAUCCGAGGGUGACAACUAUCAGUCAUUCGUCCUGGAAGUGACUGCUGGCGUUGGUGGGAAGGAAGCGAUGCUCUUCGCCAGAGAUCUUUACGACAUGUACGCGAAAUACUGUGAUUUCAGGGGCUGGGAGACUGAGGUUCUCGAGGAGGAUCAGAUGGAAAUCGGUGGCAUUCGCCAUGCCAGUCUGUGCAUCACUGGUCAGGACGCCUUUCAGUCGCUGAAGCGCGAAGGAGGCGUCCAUCGUGUGCAGCGCAUCCCGGCGACGGAGAAGUCCGGUCGGGUGCACACCAGCACCGUCUCCGUGGCCAUCAUCCCGCGCCCGGACGACGUCACUGUCGUGCUGCACGACAAGGAUCUCAAGAUCGAGACGAAGCGCGCCACCGGCGCCGGCGGGCAGCACGUGAACACGACGGACAGCGCCGUGCGGAUCACACACCUGCCGUCCGGGAUGGCGGUGGAGUGCCAGGCGGGCAAGAGCCAGAUCAAGAACCGCGAGCUGGCGCUGAAGAAGCUCCAGGCGCGCCUCUACGAAGUGCAACUCGAGGCUCAGCUGGCGUCGACGCGAAGCACGCGCAAGAAGCAAGUGGGCACGAGCAUGCGGAACGAGAAGAUCCGCACGUACAACUUCAACCAGGACAGAGUGACUGACCACCGGAUCGAGGACGGCACCGUGCACAAUCUCAAGGGUGUCCUCGAGGGACGAGAAGUGCUGGACGCCUUCGUUGCCGCCGUCCGAGAGCGCAGCAGAGAAAAACUCCUGGCGGACUUCUUGAGUGACUUUCAGUAGGCAAUAAAGCGCUUUAUUCUGUUGAUAUAUUUAUUUAUCAAAUCGAUUUAAUCACGUGAAUUCAUUACGAGUCCUGAGCGUUCCGAUAAGUGUGUGAAAAUUGGUGUGAUUAUCGCAGCAUGAAUAAAUAAAU